UGUUGUUGGUCCACAAGGGGGGGCUGCUGGAUAUAUGCUUUAGUGUCCAACUCACUGCCUUCAAACACUGAAUCCAGUUUACGUGGACAGAGCGGGCGAGGACAGCCCCAGAACCCAAGGAAGAUUCCCAGUGCCCGAGCCUGAGCUACACACCUCCCUUGUGCUUUCACAUCACUUGAGGACUUUCAAAUGGAAAACGAGCUAGGACCAUUACCAGUUAUUGGCUUUAAAGGUCUGGAUUAAAUAAUAAACAUUUUGGAAACAGCGCAACAUUGUCAGAAGUGACAGAACAGAAACACAUUAAGAGGAUCAGCUGUGAAUGCACGGAUGCUUGUUGCUUUUUCGGUCUUAGGAGAAAUCUCUCUUCCACUGGAGAAACACAGAGCUCCUUUGUGUCAUCGUUUCAGCAGAUAUUGCCUGUUGAAAGCGUGAAUGCACGCAACUUAUUCUGAACAAGUUGGAGGAAUAGUCGUGGGCAUUUUGCGUCUUUACGCGCACGGAGAAACAGAUGGGACCUGAUAACUUUUUGGAGAUCUCUCCGAGGCUGUGUGACAUCAUGGAUGGCAAACUGGAUCAAUGAGCCAAAGCUGAGCUGUCGAUCAAGACGGUUCUGAGGAUAUCACCUUGUUGACAAGAAGCGGUGUAAAUAUAUAUUCUUGUUUUCACACCUUUUCAUGUUGUGUACAGCCAUGAUAUCAAAACUGUUACGGAAUUGUUCUUCAAUGGUCCUGCUGUUGCCUCUUCUUCAACUCAUCCGGCUGGAUGUGCUCAACGCUGCCCCUUCCGGACCGGAAACUGACCUAUGCUCAACCCUAGUCCAGAGCCGAUUCUUUGGCUUUUUUCUCUCAUCCUCUGCAUUUCCCAGCACUCCCUGCACCUGGACCCUACAGAACCCUGACCCACGCCGCUACACAAUCUUCAUUAAGGUCACUAAGCCGACCAGAGACUGCGUUCCCCGACAGCAUCGGACCUUUCAAUUUGACUCUUUCUUGGAGACGACACGAACCUUCCUGGGGAUGGAGAGUUUCGAUGAGGUGGUAAAGCUGUGUGACGCCUCAACCCAUGUUGCUUUCUUGGAGGCAGGGAAACAAUUCCUGCAGAUCCGGAAAGGGCUGCCUAGAGCAGCUGCUGGAUCCAGGAAUGGGGAUGGGGAAUUUAAAGUGGAGUAUCUUGUGGUUGGGAAGCGUAACCCAAGCAUGGCUGCCUGUCAAAUGUUGUGCCAGUGGUUGGAGGAUUGCCUCACAUACAGUAGCUCCAACCGGCCCUGUGGCAUCAUGCAGACUCCAUGUCAAUGCUGGGACCAACCACCACCUGACAAAGAAACCAGUGGAUGCUAUCGAGAUGGAGUCUAUGUGGAGAACUGCAGCCCUGUGGUGAAAGAGGGAACAGCUGACAUGGAUAAAAGUGGUGGCUGGAGUGGGUGGGGCAACUGGGCGGCGUGCAGCAGUGAAUGUGGGGGCGGGGUCCAGACGCGCACACGCACCUGUCAGUCACCUCCUGAGGAGGCAUACCUAUGUGAGGGCGUUCUGGAGGAGGGGCGUCCCUGCAAUGCAGAACCCUGCAUUGGCUACAGGCAGUAUUCCUCUAAAGGCAAGAGUUUAAGUCCAGUGAAAUACAAUGGAGUGCAGGAGGCCAUGCUUGGCAAAGGCCGACUCGGCACUCGUAGCCAAUCGCUGCGCUCGGUGGACAGCCGCAAAAGAGAGGACACUGAUAAGACCCGCGGCGGACAGCAGUCUUCCCAAGCAGUGGAUCCUCCGACGGGUGAGGAGUGGUCUGCGUGGAGCGUGUGUUCGGCCACGUGCGGCGAGGGCUGGCAGAGCCGAACGCGCUUCUGCGUCUCCGUGUCGUACAGCACGCAGUGCAGCGGGCCGCUCCGCGAACAGAGACCCUGCAAUAAUACUGCUGUGUGUCCAGCCGCUCUGAUUACAGUGCACGGGACCUGGGACGAGUGGUCUCCAUGGAGUUUGUGUUCUUCCACGUGUGGCCGCGGCUACAGGGAGCGCACGCGCUCCUGCAAACCGCCACAGUUCGGAGGAAACCCGUGCGACGGCCCAGAGAAACAGACCAAAUUCUGCAGCAUUGCUGUAUGCCCAGUGGAUGGUGAAUGGAAUGAGUGGUCCAGCUGGAGUUCAUGUUCCGCAUCGUGUUCUAAUGGAACUCUGCAGCGCACACGAGAAUGUAACGGGCCCUCGUACGGGGGCAUGGAGUGUCAGGGCGAGUGGAAACAGCAGAGGGACUGUUUCCUAAAAGAGUGUCCUGUGGAUGGCCAGUGGCAGCUCUGGAGCACCUGGGCUGGUUGUACCAAAACAUGUGGUGGAGGAAGUCAGCAGAGACAGAGGGUUUGCCUUGGGCCCUUCUUUGGAGGAGAGCAAUGUCCAGGGGACAGAGAUGAAGUUAGAAGUUGCAAUGAGAAGAGAUGUCCAGAGCCACAUGAGAUCUGUGAUGAGGAGAAUUUCUCAAACGUUGUGUGGAAGAGAACUCCCGCAGGCGAAACAGCGGCUGUCCGCUGCCCUCCGAAUGCUGUGGGAUUAAUCCUUCGGCGAUGUUCAUUGGAUAGCGAGGGGAUUGCAUACUGGGAGAACCCAACUUACAUGAAGUGUGUCUCUAAUGAUUACCGAAGUAUCCAAACAUUGACAAGAGAUCACCUGUCCAAAGCUCAAAGGGGGCUAGUGGGUGAUGGGGUUUCUGAGGUGAUGACCAAGUUAAGGGUAACAUCCAGUGAUGGAACAAGCUACAGCGGAGAUCUUCUGGCUAUCAUAGAUGUACUAAAAAACAUGACCGAAAUAUUUAGGAGGUCUUACUACAGCCCCAGUAAUACAGACAUGAGGAAUUUUGUGCAAUCGGUAAGCAACUUACUGAUGGAGGAAAACAGGGAGAGAUGGGAGGAGGCUCAGCUGCUGGGCCCUAAUGUGAAGGAGCUGUUUCGUCUGGUGGAGGACUUUGUGGACGUCAUCAGUCUCCGCAUGAAGGACUUCCAGGACACCUAUGAGGUCACAGACAACUUGGUGCUGAGUAUUCACAAGCGGCCCGUCGCAGGAAAUGCGGAUAUCACUUUCCCUAUGAAGGGGUGGAGGGGGAUGGUGGACUGGGCUCGCAACUCAGAGGACAAAGUCAGAGUGGCCAAAAACAUCCUCGUCACUGGAAAGCCAGAUGAAGAUGAAGCUUCAGCAUUCGUGACCGGUAUCGUACUCUACCGAAACUUGGGCAGUAUUCUUUCUCUACAGAGAAAUAGCACAGUGCUGAACUCCAAGGUGAUCUCUCUGACAAUCAAACCCACCCCCAGCUCUCUUUCAACUCCACUAGAAAUUGAAUUCUCACACCUUUAUAACGGGACCACAAACCAAACCUGCAUUUCAUGGGAUGAGAAUGACAGCUCGUCGUUGCUGGGCUCCUGGUCUGCGCGUGGCUGCAGAGCUGUGCCCGUCGACUCCAGCACGACCAGAUGCUUGUGUGACAGACUCUCCACCUUCGCCAUUUUAGCACGCCUCAAUCCCGAUGUGAACAUGGAUAAGAACCAGCUUCCAUCUGUAACUCUGAUCGUGGGAUGCGGGGUCUCGUCCCUUACACUGCUGCUGCUCAUCAUCAUUUAUGUGUCAGUAUGGAGGUACAUCCGGUCAGAGCGUUCGGUCAUCCUUAUCAACUUCUGUCUAUCAAUAAUCUCAUCCAACGCUCUCAUUCUCAUUGGACAGACUCAGACACGGAACAAGGUUGUCUGUACUCUUGUGGCUGCCUUUCUGCAUUUCUUCUUCCUGUCCUCUUUCUGUUGGGUUCUGACAGAGGCGUGGCAGUCUUACAUGGCCGUGACUGGCCGUCUUAGAAACCGCAUCAUUCGCAAGCGUUUCCUUUGUCUUGGUUGGGGUUUACCUGCUCUUGUUGUAGCAAUUUCUGUGGGAUUUACAAAGGCAAAGGGAUAUGGCACUGUUAACUACUGCUGGCUGUCUUUGGAAGGCGGACUGUUGUACGCAUUUGUGGGACCAGCUGCUGCCGUCGUUUUGGUUAACAUGGUUAUUGGAAUUCUGGUUUUUAAUAAACUAGUUUCCAAAGAUGGCAUAACUGAUAUGAAACUCAAGGAAAGAGCAGGUCAGAUGACAGUGCCACUGUACAAUAUGACCCUCAAAUGUGCCAAGUGCGGAGUUAUCUCUUCGGCUGACGUUUCCACCACAGCUACCAGUAACGCCAUGGCGUCGCUGUGGAGCUCCUGUGUUGUAUUGCCCUUACUGGCACUUACAUGGAUGUCUGCAGUCCUGGCCAUUACUGACCGCCGUUCAGCCCUGUUUCAAAUCCUUUUUGCUGUUUUUGACUCCCUCGAGGGCUUUGUUAUAGUGAUGGUACAUUGCAUUCUACGCAGAGAGGUGCAAGAAGCCGUUAAGUGUCGAGUGGUCGAUCGCCAGGAAGAUGGAAACGGAGACUCCGGUGGAUCUUUCCAGAAUGGCCAUGCACAGCUGAUGACUGACUUUGAAAAGGAUGUGGAUAUAGCGUGUCGAUCAGGCACCAUGAAGCGUUCUUCCCUACAGGGUGAGGAGAAAGUAGCUUCACAGCAGAUCACAGUACAAAAAGGAUCCAACUUCAACACACUUCCUGCCAGCAUGGCAAAGGUCCACCUGCAAAACGUCGCCGACUACGCCAGCCACACUCUCACCAUGCGCCGUGAAAAGGGCGGCAUCGCCGGGGUCAGCACGGAGCUGCCCGGAGCCAAAUCUAUUUAUAUAUGUGAUGGAGAGCUGUUUAAGCAGCUGGACGGAGAUCACAACAGGGCUCCGGGAGACAGCGGAGGACCCGAAGGUGGAGGAACCAACCAAGGUUACGUCCUCUUGCCCAACAACAACAACACUCUCAGGCCCGCAAAGGGCGUGAAGGAGGACCAAGCCACCAAAUACAACAUCGGCAUCGAACAGUUACCGCAGACCAGGCUUAUUCACCUGGCCAACACAGGUGGCUCGGAUCCCAUCCCGGGGUUUGGGCUAAAAAGCUUGCCGACUGAUCGAGUUAGUGUUUCCUGCUCAGAUAAGGACUCCCCCUUGCAAACAAAGCAGAACAUCUCCAGUGAAUCUCAGGGGAUAAAUAAUGCAUGUGAGCAAGGGGACAUGGGCAACUCGGGCAUGAUGUCCAAAAGUGAGACAAUCUCCACACUGUCUAUGAGCUCUCUGGAGAGACGAAAAUCACGCUACGCAGAGUUGGACUUUGAGAAGAUCAUGCAUACACGGAAGCGCCACCAAGACAUGUUCCAGGACUUAAACCGGAAGAUACAGCAUGCAGAGAAAGACAGAGAUUCUCCACCAGUGGAUGGGAAGACUGGGAAGAGAUGGAGCGUGUCCUCGGGAGGCAGCGAUAAAACCAACCUUAGUGACAAGCAGCAGACUCCCAGUAAGCGGGCAUGGGAGGGAAUCAGGAAGACUCACUCCCCACCAUCAUGGGUACGUAAGGAGCUGGAACCCCUGCAGGCCUCUCCCCUAGAGAUGCAAGCAGUGGAGUGGGAAAAGGCCAGCGCCACGAUCCCUCUGGUGGGCCAAGAGAUCAUGGACCUGCAGACGGAGGUCUGAAUUGACCCCCUAAGCAAAUCUGGAAAAACAGAACAAAAACUCUACUUGCAGGGAAAAGGGAUUUCAUGUGGACAAGAAUGCGUGGAAGAAAUUAUGUUGUGAGAGAGAGAAACAGAAAGAGAAAAAUCAAAGAGAGUCUCAGAAAGCAACAUGGAAAUGUGGCUGUGCAAUUUAUUUUUUAUCCUGGAAUGGCCUUUUCCUUAAUGUCAAAGCGAAUCAUAACACUUCUGAAAAAGCAGGUCUGAGCCUGUUGCUAUGGUAACGUGUUGGCACUACCAAGAAUGGCUGAACUGGGCAACUUAAGCGGUCACCCUCUUUGGCAUUCUGGGAUGUUGCCAUGGGAACACUGGGAGUGACUGACAGAAAUUCAAGAUCAGAUGAGCCUUAGUGAGUGGCCUUCAAUUUCUUACACUUCUGGAUAUACACAAACAAACAAACACACAUUAGCGAUUUUGUCAUUAAAGAUCUAUUAUGGUAUAGAAAUGUAGACGUACUGAACUGGAAACUACAGAGAGCUUUCAAACUGCCCAGCGGGAAUCUGGAAAGACACGUGAUGCACUCAUUCUAAAUAUUAUUGUUGUUGUUGCUAUCUGUGUGAGACACAACACAUGCAUAUAAAUGUGGUGUGAGGGGCGACGUGAUUGGUGAGAUGCCCGUCGCCCACAAUGCAGUGCCCAAAGCCAUCUGCAUAUGACUGUUAAUGUAUCAACAAAAAAAGCCCCCCAGGAAAACCCCUCAGAGCCAGUAUCGCCCACAGCAGUGCCACUCAUGCCCACAUCAUAGCCACUGUGCUGUUGUGUGCACCGCGCCGACCUGUGGAUGCUUUAAAGACGUCAGUGAAAAUCGCAGAUUGAUCAAGUCAGCAUGAGAUUUGUAUCAAGCAUCCACCUAUCAGCGAAUUCCUCAGUGACUGUGGCAGGGCCGGAGAUCUGCUGUCUAUUGUGUGAAGCGACACGAUAUCAUUCGCUUGACGUUAAGCCAGAAAAACUGGAGGAGAACUGUCUUAAGAAUUAUGAAAUGGAAUAGUAUUGACUUAUAUAUAGUUAUGAUAUAUACAUACACUAUUAUAU